UUUCAUCAAACGUUUGAUUGCGUCGUUCGAAUUGGGCAUUAAGUACUCGGUAAAAAUGUUCGCAUCUGAUUUACCCAAGCUUUCACCUACAUGGGGAUUAUGCGUUUUGUGUCAUAAAAAGGCAGAGUGGUCUUGUGAACGUUGCGUUGAUUUAUAUUGUUCCAUGGAAUGCCAGCGCAUGGAUUGGCCACGGCACCGUUAUAUUUGUUUGCCGAUGCCACAUUUGGUGCCUCUUAGUCACGCAGAGGAUAUAUUAUUACGUAAGAAAUUGAUUUCGGAAUCCAAUGGUAAUCAAGUCAGCUCCACGUCAGUUGAAGAGUUAUUGAAAAAUGAUGACACUGAAAAGAAUACUAAACUGAGCAACAAAACACGUAAUUUUACUGAAAAUGUUAUUUUGGUAAAAUUCCUUUCAUCAAAUAAAUGUUUGGUGCGUGCGCAUAAACCGCCAGAUAACUUCACAGAUAUUCAGAAGGAAAUAAAUGCUUUUGGAAAAAAUGCUCCGGAAUUAAUUGUGUGCCCUUCUGUGGGAUCUGUUGCUCUUUUAUUAUAUAAGGGUACAUAUACUCGAGUUGAAGUGUUAUCAAUCCAGGACGACAAACGCAUUACAUUAUUAUAUUGCGAUUACGGAUGGAUAGCAACUGUUGCUAAAGUUGAUCUCAGAAUGGCGGUAGAUGAUGUCCUGAAAUUUCCCCGAUUGUCGGCACUUGUAAUACUGCAUAAUGUGGGGGAAUGUUCUGAUUCAAAAGUAAUGUCUUUGCUCGAAAAAUUUGAAGGGAUGCAGUGCGAAUUGCGUCGAUGUAUUGAGACGAGCAGUAACAAAAUCGGAGAAAAAGUUUCUCUAACAUGUGGAAACGUAAACCUAAAUGAAGAAAUAAAUAAAUUAUGUUUCGACACUAACUUUGGAAAGGUGUAUGAAAACGUUCAAAAUUCUGAAGACAUCGAAAUUAAAAAUUUAAAUAAUAACGAGGACCUUUUGCUUGAUCUCUGUCUCGAUGAACCUUGUCAGAAGGAAAAACCAAUCUUAUCACCACCAUUUGACAUAUAUAUAUUUCAAACUAAUUUGUCAAAUUUCAAAGUGGUAGUUCUGGAUACUUCAGCUUUGAGUUACGGGUAUAUAGGUUGUAUAGCAGAAACGGACUUGAAAUAUUUAGUUACUGUACAGGAGUAUUUGAACAAUUACGAAGAUAAUGGACAAUUUUAUAGUCCAAAACUUCAUGAAUAUUGCUUGGCUAAGUUCGAGAAUGAGUGGUAUAGAGCCAGAGUCGUGAAAAUAAUGGGAAACUCACGUUAUACUGUUGUGUAUUUGGAUUUUACUAACGAAAGCACAAUUACUUCUCAGGAUAUACGGCGUUAUCCUAAAGAUUUAAAUGGACCGUGUCGUACUAACUUGUGCUUAAUUGACGGAUUGCCUACUACUCUUAAUGCUGAUCAUAUAAACUUUUUAAAAAAAGAGAUAACGGCAGAAUGUAAAUUGGUUAUUGAUAAAGUUAAAGAAGUUGUUCAACAAAUUGUUGUAGUUGAAUGCGCAACUAUUAUUGAAAAAAUGAACAGCGUUGAAUUUAAGGCAAUUUAAUUUUUUUUAA